AUGAGCCUGAGCCUGAGCCUGACCCUGAGCGGCCUCCAGCCCCCAGCUGGGUUAGAUUGCCCCGAUCCUCCAGGUGAUCGCAUAGUGAAGGUGAAUGGAGAGAGCAUCAUUGGGAAGACCUACUCCCAGGUCAUCGCCCUCAUACAGAACAGUGAUGCCGUCCUCGAGCUGUGUGUGAUGCCGAAAGACGAAGACAUCCUACAGCUGUUUUCCAGGGAAAGCGUCGCGCCGGCGUAUUCCCAGGACGCCUAUCAGAAGGGCCAUGGGUCCUACAGCGGGAACGCCCUCCACAUCCCAGAGCCGCCGCCCCUGCGCUACCCGCGCGUAGAGCCUAAACCCGGCGGGAUGUCCCACAGCCCCGAGCCGGCCCCCGCGGAGCUGGCCUACCGCCUGGAGAUCCCCGUGCCCCCCUCCCCGCCCCCCACGGGGGCCGCGGGCCAGGUGGAGCCCCCCGGCCUUUCGGGGGCCUGCCACAGGACCGAGGAGUGGCGGUACGGGGCGGGGCCUCCAGACCCGAGCGCGCUGAGGACCAGGCCCGCCCCCGCCCCCGCCCCCGGGCCCGUUUCUGCCGCCCGGCCACCCCCGCCCCCCCACCCCGCUCGCCCGCUGGACACCGCCGUGUUCGCCACCCCCGGCUGCCCCGCCUCCGUCAGGACCUCGCUGGCGGAACCCAAUCACUACGCCCCGCCCCUCCCCCACUCCUCCUCCUCCUCGGCCAAUCCGGCGCCGGCCUCCCGGCAGAGCAUAGACUGGCGGACGUACACGACGUACCGGGAGUACGUGGACAGCAGGCGCAUCCGCGCGUACGGCGGGCGCACCAUCCAGGAGCGGCUGGACAGCUUCCGGGCCGCGGAGUUCGACCCGGCGUCCCGCGGGUCCCCCGGGCGCCGCCGCAGCACCUCCCACGACCGGGCCGCCCUUCACCACCCCGGCCCCGCCCCCUGCCCCGCCCCGCCCCCGCGCAGCAUCUCGCACGACCGCCUGGGCCUGGGGCUGGGGGGCCGCCCCGCCGCCGCCGCCGCCGCCCCGCCCAGGGACUGGACCCGGCCCGCCCCCCGGGACUCCAAACCGCGCGCCCGCUCCUUCGACUUCCUGGAGCCCUCGGAGAGGCGGGGCUUCGGGAGGGCGGAGCCUGACGACCGGCUCCAGCAGGGCCGCCCGCCCGGCGCGCAGCCCCUCCCCCUGCAGCGGCCCGGCGCGGCCCCCCACCACCUCCACCGCCAACAGCCCCCCCUCCACAGGGCCCCGCUCACUGGGGGCCAUGGCAACAGUUUCCGGGCGGGGCCUGCCCCUGCGCCCGGGCUCACCAAAGGUACGGAGCAGCUGCUGGGGUCCCACGCGGACGCCCCGAAAGACCAAAGACCCGCGACGGUCACGGUCAACCACCUGCCCCCUCGCCCCGGGGCCCAGAGCGCCGCGCCGCGCUCCACCUCCUGCCCCGCCCCCUCCAGCUCCGCCUCCUGCCCCUCCAGCAACGGGAAGGGGGCGGAGCCGGCGGUGGUCCUGCGGGAGAAGCCGCCCACGGGCAGGCUAGGCCCCGCCUCCCAGCCGCUCCGCCACCCCUCCUACAUCCUGGCCGUGAGCGAAUCGGACGCUGGCCCCGCCCCCGUGCCGGACUCGGCCUGCUGGCUGCCCAAUGACGCGCGGCGGGAGCUUCGGAUCCAGCAGCAGCAGCAGCAGCAGGCCACGCCCCCCGCCCCUGACGGCCUGGACCAAUCGCUGGACUCCAUCCCCUUCAUCGACGAGCCUGCUAGCCCUAGUGCUGACCGUGACGCUGCACACAUUCCAGCUUCCGCUGUGAUCUCUGUCUCUCCCGCCAUAACUACGAUCCACCCCUGCCCCCUCAUGCGCCGACAGCUGUCACAUGACCAAGAGUCCCUCCGGCACACCGUUCUCGAGUCGCAGUCUGGCCCCAAAUCGGAGCGCUCCAAGUCGUACGACGAGGGCCUGGACGACUACAGAGAAGAGGGGAGAGCGAGGACGUCCAUUAAGCACUUAACCAGCCUGAGAGGCCUGAGGAAGGCUCUGGAUGGACACAAGUCCUCGGAUGACUCUGGGUCCCGGAAGGACUCCUCCUCAGACAUCUUCAGCGACUCCUCCAAGGAGGGCUGGCUGCACUUCCGACAGCUCAACACCGAAAAGAGCAAGCGGGUUGGCGGGGGCAUGCGUCCCUGGAAGCUGAUGUACGUCGUGCUGCGUGGCCACGCCCUCUACCUCUACAAGGACAGGAAGGAGGGGCUGGCGCACGCCGCGGCCGCCGCUGCCCCCGCCUCCUCCCCCUCCCCUUCCCCCGCCCCCUCCCAGCCGGACUGCGAGCCCCAGCCAAUCGGCAUCCGGGCCUGCCUGAUUGACAUCUCCUACAGCGACACCAAGCGCAAGAACGUGCUGCGGCUCACCACCUCCGCCUGCGAGUACCUGUUCCAGGCCGCGGACCGCGAGGACAUGCUGGCCUGGAUCCGCGUCAUCCAGGGCAACAGUAACCUGGGCAACGAGCAGAGUGCCGGUGUCACCAGCCAGGACCUGAUCAGCCGCAAGAUAAAGGAAUACAACACCAUGAUGAACUCCCCUAGCAGUAAGUCAGAACCCUCUCCAAGACCUUCCCGCCCGUCCCUCAGCAUCAGACAAGCCCUGCUGGGGGGUAAGGGGGAGGGCACGACCCCCAGCCCCCCCUCGCCCCGGCACGACUCCGAGAGGAGGCCCCUGCAUAGAGAUGAGAGCAGCCCUCCCCGGGACAGGGGGACGUGGAGGAGAGGUAUCACGGGCCUGAGGAGGAAACCUGUGGAGAAGAAGAACCUCCCCGGGAUCACGUUUGGGGUGCGGCUGGACGACUGUCCCCCUGCGCACACCAACAGGUUUGUGCCUCUGAUCGUGGAGAUCUGCUGUAAGCUGGUGGAGGAGCGGGGGCUGGAGUACACAGGGAUCUACCGGGUCCCCGGGAACAACACCGCCAUCUCCAGCCUGCAGGAGGAGCUCGACCGGGGCAUGGGCGACAUCAACGUCCAGGACGACAAAUGGAGGGACCUCAAUGUCAUCAGCAGCUUGCUGAAAUCCUUCUUCCGGAAGCUUCCAGAGCCCCUCUUCACGAACGAAAAAUACGCAGAUUUUAUUGACGCCAACAGAACGGAAGACGCGGUGGAGAGGCUGAAAGUUCUGAAGACGCUGCUCCGUCAGCUGCCCAGUCAUCACUACGAGACGCUCAAGUUCCUCUCUGGGCAUCUGAAAAUGGUGUCUGAGAACUGCGAGAAGAACAAGAUGGAGCCCAGGAACUUGGCCAUCGUCUUUGGGCCCACCCUGGUGAGGACGUCGGAGGAUAACAUGACUCACAUGGUCACCCACAUGCCCGACCAGUACAAGAUAGUGGAGACCCUCAUUCAGCAUUAUGACUGGUUUUUCACAGAAGAGGGCACUGUGGAGCCUACGGCCGGCGUGCCCCAGGAGAGUGCGGUGGAGUCCCAGCCCGUGCCCAACAUCGACCACCUGCUCACCAACAUCGGCCGCGCCGGGCUCACCUCCCCGGGAGAAGUGUCAGACUCACCCAACAGUGACUCCGCAAGAUCAAAGGGCUCGUGGGGCUCGGGGAAAGAGCAGUACAGCAGGGAGCUGCUCCGCUCCUCCAUCUUCGCCGCCGCCAGCCGCAAGCGCAGGAAGCACAAGGAGAAGCCGCUUCCCAGCAGCUCCGACGACGACCUGGACGCCGUCUUCACCCGGAAGGAGAGCCAGAACCGGGGCGGCCCGAGCCCGAACCCGAGCCCGAGCCCGGCGCAGAACCAGAACCAGGACCGGGACCGGGACCAGGACCAGCGGCCCGACAGGGCCAGGCGCCGGGGGAACGCCUGCACAGAGAGCGAGGACGAUGACGCUGGCGCCAGUCAGAUAAACGGCAAACAGGAAGUAGAGCCGUUGCCACCGGAGACGGAGCCGAGGGGGGAGGAGAGAGUCGGGGAGAAGGCCCUCUGCCCCCAGCCGUUCGCCUCCCCCUCCCUCAGUUUCCGUGGAAACGUGGCUCGCCAGUCCUCCCUGUCCGACCCCACCUCCCAGUGCGACGACGCGACCUCUGACCUCGGCACCAUGAACAGCAGCAGCUCCCAGGCCUCCGCCCCCCCCGAAACGCCCCGCCCCCUGCCCGGCCCCGCCCCCGAUCCCCGCGGCAACGAGGCCCUGGCGGAGGUGAGCUCCAUCACCUCGGACUACUCCACCACCUCCUCGCUGACCUGCCCCUUCCUGCUGGGGGCGGAGUCGAGCGCGCUGAGCCCGGAGGUGCGCUCGGUGGCGGAGAGCCGUGGCGACGAGGCGGACGACGAGCGCAGCGAGCUGGUGAGCGAGGGCCGGCCCGCCGAGACCGACAGCGAGAGCGACUUCCCCGUCUUCCCCAAGCCCGAUCCGGCCCCGCCCACCGCCGCCGCCGCCCCGCCCCCGACCCCGCCCCCGCACCCCAAGACGGACAGCUCCUCCUCCGCCGAGGGGGGGCGCAGCGACCGGGAGCCCAGCGCGCUCUCACGCGUCCUGGGCGCCGUCAAGGGCCGGUCCUCCGGCAGCCUGAGCUCCUCCUCCAAGAGCGAGGAGUCGGAGAAGGCGGAGCCUCCGUGGAGGCUGCGCAUCACCGAGCGGCUCAAGCUCCGCCUCCGGAGCUCGGCGGACGACAUGUUCGGGGUGUCGGGGGGCGGGGGGACCCCCUCGAAGGCCCGCUCCCCGGAGGCCCGCCGGAAGAAGGGCAUCCGCCGGCGCCACACCAUGGGGGGCCAGCGCGACUUCGCCCAGCUGGCCGCCGUCGUCAACGACGACUGGAAGGACGGGGCCGGCCGGGGGGCGGAGCUGUCCGCCAUGGACCGGCUCAAGCCCAAGUGCAGCUCGCAGGACUUCUCCAUCCGCGACUGGAUCGUCCGGGAGCGCGGUCGCUCCGGCAACGCCGAGAGGGGGGCCGACUCCGCCCCUUCCGCCGCAGCCACGCCCACAUCGCCUGAGGACCACCCCCUGGGGGCGGAGCAGCUCAACGGAGACAGCCCCCAGGGCAAGAGCAAGGGCGCUCUGAGCCUGUCGGCGGACGCACACCCCCACAAACUGACAGGAGCUCAAGUGGUGCGCUCACGCUUUUAUCAGUAUUUAUAAGAGACAGACACAGCCGCCCAACGCACUGCUGUGUGUGUACAUAUUAUCAGCCAGGGCUACUGCACAUUCAUGGAUAUUUUUUUUUCGUUUUACUCUCACAACAGGGUUAUUAGUGCAAAAAAAAAAUGAGGAAAAAAAAUACUGGAACCAUGUACUGAAUAUGUGUAUCAUCAUUUUAACUGGCGUAUGGUAACUAUUUUGUGGUCCCGCCUUGAGUUGGUUAACCCCAGUCAUAUUGAAAGACAUCAGAGGCCCUUAUCCACAGGGCUGACUGCGUUAUGCCUUCUGUAUUUAUAAUGAUAAAAGUCCCUUCCUAUUAUGUCACAACACAGAUUUUAAAAAACAAAAAAAGAAAAUAUUAGAAAGGAGCAGCUCUAGUGUCUUAAGCAUUACUGAAGAAUUAUGGGCUUGGCGCGUAACAGGAGCCGUUUUUUGGGAAAGGGGCGACCGUUAUGUGCGGUUGCUUGGCAACGCAGAGGAAGAAUGUAAAUGCUUCGCUGUUCCGUUGACUAAAGCUAAGUUGCUGGUUAUGGGUCUCGUUUUAAAGUGUACUCUAUUGCUCUCUGUGUACUUGAAGCGUGUCGUUUCCCUUCUGGCUUGGUUCUGUGCUGUGUCGGUGUGGACACGUCUGCGCAGUGCGUCCGUAAACCCGCCAGAACUUUAAAAAAAUAUUUAAAAUAUAUAUAUACCGCUCCGAAAACGAGAGGCGAGUGCCCAACGAACUCCACCGACGCAAUACGCUUUUACCGCCGUUUCCGCGCGAGCUCUCCCUUCCGGGUUCCUCGCUUCCUCCCGUCAGAUCGCAAAAAAAUAAAACAAAACAAAUACCGAAUAUAAAGGAUGAUUAAAUCAGAAAUCACAUUUCUUCUCAAAGGAAAGUGCCUCAUUAAAUUGCGGGUGGGUUAGUUGCUUUUGGGUGCCAUAUUUGUCUUUUAUUGAAAUGUGAGAAGAUGCCGGCUCAUUCAGUAAUUUUACAGGUUUAAUAAACAACGGGCAAAUUCUGCGCUUCCAUUCUUUUCGGCAUUCCACUUGGGUCUUAACAUGUUUUAUACUUUUUAUUUUCUUUCAUUUUGGAUUUUAAUGGAACUUGAAUUUUAAAUAUUUCUGUAUAAAAUAAGUAACUUAAGUGUAAAUAUUCAGUGUUUUAGCUGCUUUUUAUUCUGUUGAAUGGCAGGUUUUUUUGUAAGUAUUGUAAUAUAGGCAUGUAGAUAAAAAGGGCCGUCAUCUCAGAAGCUGCAUGGAAAAGGUACUUCCUGUAACUGGACCCAGUCUUGUGCUGUCUGCAGUUAAACUGGGGCGUGAACCCCCAAAUCACUGGAAAUAAAAACCGUUAAUGUGG